GCGCGCUCGUAAUAAACACAUUGCCGUAAUGUGUACGGCGUAUUUGACUCCAAUUGUUUUGCUAUUAUGCGCUGCAAGUUGGGCUUAUUACUUGGACCCAGCAGCGCUGGAAGCGCAGCGUUUGGUGAGCCCGCGACCGCUGCGACUGCCCAACGAUACGUAUCCAUUGUCGUAUCAUUUGCAUAUAAGCAGCAAUGUACAUUUGCGCAAUUGGCGCUUCAGCGGGAAUACCACCAUAGACAUUGAGAUUAGGCAGUCGACAAACGAGAUUGUGCUACAUGCAAAGAACUUGAGUGAUUUUCAGAUAACAGUGCGACGUCUGGAAAGCACUAGACCUGAAUUCGAGGGUGAACUCGUGGACGAUCUGACGCACACCUUUGAACCCAAUGACAGCUUUCUCAUCAUACAUCCGCUACAGAAGUAUGUGGCCUUUGAGGCUGGUCAGCGUUAUCGUCUACAAAUUUUGUAUACCGCGCUGAUGGGCACGCGUCCAAGAGGCCUCUACUGGAUGGACUACAAAGAUGAGGCCAACAACAGCACUGUCUUUGUGGCUGCCACACAAUCGGAGCCCACCUAUGCACGUCUCAUAUUUCCGUGUUACGAUGAGCCCGCCUUUAAGUCCAACUUCAGCAUUAAGCUGACGCACAGCAGCAGUCUCAUGGCAGUGUCCAAUAUGCCAGUGCAAAAGCUGGAAAAUCAUGGUGAGCUGACCACAACUACGUUUCAAACCACGCCAGUUAUGUCCACCUACUUGGUGGCCUUUGUUAUAUCAAACUUCGAGAGCAUCUCCGAGACAUAUAGAGGCGUGACGCAAAGUGUUUAUGCCACACAUCAUAUGCUGGAUAAGGGACGCAGCGCCUUGAAGAAUGCUGUGAAAGCUGUGGCUACACUGGAGGAUUACUUUGGCUUGAGCUAUACGCUGCCCAAGCUAGAUCAUGUGGCAUUGAAGCGUAAUCAUGGCUCGGCGAUGGAGAACUGGGGUUUGAUUACCUACAAGGAGGACUGUCUAAUGCUGCAGGAUACUAACGAUGAUCACAAACGUGUCAAGGACAUGCUUAUGCAGAAUCAUGAAAUCUCACAUCAAUGGUUUGGCAAUUUGGUUUCACCCGAAUGGUGGUCAUACGUCUGGAUGAAUGAAGGCUUCGCUACCUACUUUGGUUACAUUAUUACAGAUUUGCUGUAUCCCAAGGAUAAGGUAAUGGAUAUGUUUAUACAUGAUGAAGCGGAUCAUGCCUUCAGCUAUAGCAGCUUCUUCGAUGUGCGUCCCAUGACGUCGUAUGUGGAGACCGAGGAGGACAUUUUAAACGUCUUUGAUAUCAUCAGCUACAAGCGCUCCGCCUGCGUCAUCAAAAUGUUUCAUCAUGCGCUGCAUCAGAAGACGUUUGUGCGUGGCGUUAGCAACUAUUUGAGAAAAUUCCAAUACAGCGUGGUCAACGAGCUCGAUUUGUUUGAUGCUCUGCAGAGCAGCGUGCUGGAGGAUCAGCGCUUUCAAGGCCAGCCCUGGCUGCAUAAAGUGCGCGACAUUUUGCUCAGCUGGGCGCACAGCGAGUGGCUGCCCAUAGUCUCGGUGAUACGCAACUACGAGAACGACACCAUCACAUUCAGACAGCAGUCGAUACACUCCAAGAGCGAGCACUGGUGGAUACCACUGAACUUUGCCAGCGCCAAGUCGCCCAGCUUCGAGCAUACGCAUGUGGACUACUUUAUGCCGCCGCUGCUGCAGCAUACGCUAAGUCUGGAGCAGCUGCAGCUGCAGCUCAGCGGGCGCGACUGGCUGAUCGUUAACAAACAGCAGACGGGCCUGUAUCAUGUGCUCUAUGAUACGGAUAAUCUGCAAGCGAUUGCGCGACAGCUGCAACGCAAUCAUAGCGUUAUACAUCCAAUGAAUCGUGCUGCGCUAUUUCAGGAUCUGGCGCCGCUGAUUGAGCGCAAUGAGAUCGACUCGGUUGAGGUGAUCUUUGAGCUGUUGAAGUACUUGCAGUUCGAGCAGCAUGCCAUGGCCUGGAAUCAGGCAGCCAACACUAUAGAGCUUCUGGAGCGCAAUCUCUUUGCUGCCAACUGCCACCAGCUGUUCAAGCAGUUUGUGCGUCGUCUGGUUACGCCCAUAUUUCUGCAGCUGUUCCAACCAGAGGCCGAGGCCAACCAGCACUUCAAUCAUGCGCGCACCGAGCUGCUGCAAAUCGCCUGCAAGGCAGAUCUGCCCGAGUGCUUGGAGUACACGAAAAACGUCACACGCGACUAUUUAUUUAAGCGCAUUAGCUUUCAAAGCGAGCCCGACUACUAUGCCAUGCACGACGUUAUGCUCUGCAUGGGCGUGCGCUAUCUGAGCAAUGAGCACUUUAUCAAAAUCAUGGACUUGCUGCAGAUCACAGAUCGCGAGACGAGCUUCUUCGACGACAUCAUAUACGCGCUGCGCUGCACCCAGAACCAGCAUCACUUGCAACACUAUUUGAACAUACUCAUCACUCACAACUCGAGCUUGAUGCCUGAGCGAGACUCGAUGCUCUACUUGGGCUAUGUCUACAAAACGAGCAUGGCUGCGCGUCCAGUUAUCUGGCACUUUAUAGAUCAGAACUACAAGCGCCUCUGUCACUUUCCCUUCUUUGUGCAGCUCUUCAACGAUAUAGCCGACUUUAUACCGCAGCAGCAACGCGCCAAUUUCUCUGCACUGCGUCAAAAUAUUAAAGCUUAUAUGAAGCAGGAGCAGCUGGCUGAUGUCGAGACAUUGCUGCCCAGGGAUUCGAAUCGUGUGGGCAGGCGCCUGCGCAGCAUCGAACAAUUCAGUGAAAAGUUCGAGCUAAAAAUCGACAAUUGGCUGCGCAGAGAACUCAGCGAACACAAAAGCGACGCUUUGGCGCUCUCAGCUCUCAGUCCCAUUGGCAAUGGUUCGAAUCGUUCCAGAGGCUUAUUGCGUGCGGCCAGUGAGUUGGUCAGCAGCGCGUUUGCCAUGUUAGUUUAAUUUAUCAAAUGCAUUGUAUUAAGUCUAAGCUUAAGUCAAAAGUUAAGUCUAAUAAAUUUAACUCAU